AUGAAAGUCGCCGAGGGCUCGCUCGCGAGCGGCGAGGCCGCGGCGCCGGCGGCCGCCGCGCGCAGGUCGACGUCGCGGCUCACCUUCGCGCUGGCCGCGUUCGCGGGCGCCGCGGCGUCCCUGGCGACGGAGCGCGGCGCCUGGGCCUGGCUGCGCGCGCGCGACGCCGCCGCCGCCGGCGCGAGCGUCCGCGUCGGCCCGUCGCGGGCGGCGUCGGCGCUCGGCGAGCUCUCCGCCGCCGAGGUGCGGCGCGUCGCGACCUGGGCGACGACGGCGAAGGGCUUCCUCGCGGUCCGCGGCGGCGACGACUUCGAGAGCCCGUGGCUCUCCGGCCCGAGCGCCGUCGAGCUCUUCGCGCCGCCGAAGCAGGAGGCGCUGGCGUACCUCGACGGCCGCACGGACGUCGCGCCGCCGCGCUACGCGCGCAUCACGGCCGCCGUGCCCCGGGAGUCCGCCGCGAUCGAGUACAAGAUCGGCCCGCUCCAAUCGGCCGAGGCCGACUGGACGAUGGAGGAGCUCGAGCGCGUGCCCUUCACGAAGCGGCCGACGGAGCCCGGCGCGGACCUGCGGCUCGCGGGCCCCCUGCUCGAGGCCGCACUGGCGGCGCUCGGCGCCGAGCUCCUCGAGGCGACCUUCGGGCCGGUGUUUCCCGCGUUCGACACGCACGACCCGCGCGAGGGCGCGGCCGCGCCCAUGAUGCAGAACGACCCGCUGUCGCCCAAGGGGACGCGGCGCGAUCUGUACGGCUAUUCCUGGACGCCGCCGAAGCAGAAGACGCGGCGCAACGUCGAGGCGACCUGGGUCCACCCGAUGCCGCUCAAGCUCCGCGUCGAUUCCACGGAGCCCGACGCCGCGGACUGGACCAUCGUCGAGCUCGGCUUCUGCGGCCGGUGGUUCGACAGUAGCGCGGCGCUCAAGGCCGCGUACCCCGCGGGCGACGCGUCCUGCGGCUUCUCGCGCGCCACGGGCGACUUCCUCUGGGAGGCGCCGUCGCGCGAGAGCCCGCGGCAGGCGCGCCGCGCCGUCUCCCAGGAUCACGGCGUCUCCUGGGGGAAUUGGUCCUUCGCCGUCUUCUCGCGGAGCUCCCAGGGCCCCGCGCUCUCCGACGUGCGCUUCGCCGGCGAGCGCGUGCUCUACGAGCUGAGCCUCCAGGACGCGCUCGCGGCCUACUCGGGCGACCGCAAGGACGCGUUCUUCUACUCGGACGCGGCCUGGUCCCUGUCCAUGCUCAGCGCGUCGCUCGAGCCGGGCGUCGACUGCCCCGAGAGCGCCACGUUCGUCGAGGCGACGAACUGGUACGCCUUCGAGGGCAGGGGCGGCACGGCCGUCGCGGACGCGACGAAGGCGUUCUCCUUCUACCCGACGUGCGUCUUCGAGUGGACCGAGGACCACACGAUCUGGCGCCACAUGGAGAACUCGGAGAAGCCGACCGUGCGGGGCCUCGCGCGGAAGACGCUCGUCGUGCGCUCCAUCGCCACGGUCGGGAACUACGGCGAGGACCGGAGCAGGAAAAGGGUGAUCCAACGUCGCUUCAGCGUGAGGCGUCCGCGCGCGAUUGUUCCAGAGAACGGAUCCACGCGUCGAGAGCGCUCCGAGAGAUCAUCGCUCGUCCAAGAAUGA